UGAGCUUCAGAACAGGAAGCUGAGGAUGAAGCAGAGAGGAUACUGCAGAGGUCUCUGUUUUUUCCCAAUGAGAAUGCAGCAAUUCUAAAUACUUGUUAAAUCUUUUGGAACUGGAAAUAUGAACAACUUCACUCGAGAGCAUUUAAUCAGCAUCAUUUCUGGAUGCUUUUCUUUCUUGUAAUGCAUGGGAAAUUCUUGUAUCAGCACAAGAAAUUUGCCAGGUGGACAUCAAGCUCUUUCAGCAUCUUUUCUAAAAUGGAUUUCUUCUUUGCUACUUGUCAGAGCACUUUCUUAUGCAAGAGAAUAAAUGGUAAUUAAAAUGAGCAGGAUGAAAAGAUGGAGCAGUCAGUGCUUGUACCACCAGGACCUGAUAGCUUCCACUACUUCACUAGAGAGUCUCUUGCAGCUAUUGAACAACGCAUUGCUGCAGAAAAGGCAAAGAGUUCAAAACAAGAUCGAAAAGAUGAUGAUGAAAAUGGCCCAAAACCAAAUAGUGACUUGGAGGCAGGAAAGACGCUUCCAUUUAUUUAUGGAGACAUACCUCCAGGAAUGGCGUCCGAGCCCUUGGAGGAUCUGGACCCAUAUUACAUCAAUAAAAAAACUUUUAUAGUAUUGAAUAGAGGGAAGGCAAUCUUCCGAUUCAGUGCCACCUCUGCCCUAUACAUUUUAACUCCUUUCAAUCCUCUUAGAAAAAUAGCUAUUAAAAUUUUGGUACAUUCAUUGUUCAGCAUGCUUAUUAUGUGCACUAUUUUGACCAACUGUGUGUUUAUGACCAUGAGUAACCCUCCAGAUUGGACAAAGAAUGUAGAGUAUACCUUCACUGGAAUAUACACAUUUGAAUCACUUAUAAAAAUUUUUGCAAGGGGCUUCUGUUUAGAAGGUUUUACUUUCCUUCGAGACCCAUGGAACUGGCUUGAUUUCACUGUCAUUACAUUUGCGUAUGUAACAGAAUUUGUAAACCUAGGCAAUGUUUCAGCUCUUCGAACUUUCAGAGUAUUGAGAGCUUUGAAAACUAUUUCUGUAAUCCCAGAUAUGUGACAGAGUUUGUGGACCUGGGCAAUGUCUCAGCGUUGAGAACGUUCAGAGUUCUCCGAGCAUUGAAAACAAUAU